ACGACAAUUCGACGCUCCGUUUUGCCGUGAAGGACGGACAAACAAACAGACACACACACUUUCCAAUUUACCUCUAUAAUAUUAUUAUGGAUUUAUUACAUAGGUUUUAUGUGAUGAGAAUUGUGUGUACUACGCAACCUUAAAUUACACUACACUAAACGAAAUAUGAAAACAUUAAAAUGUAUCAAAACGGUACACCUAACUGUAGUAUAAAAAAAGCAGUGUACCGUGAUCGUCACCCACGAUAGUUCUCUUGGGGCCAGUGUGGCGCGCGCCUUACCGCGGAUACGGUACAUUGACACGUUAGUCGGCAGUCGCUCGGUAGUCGGCGCCCGCGCCCGCCGCCGCCGUCCCGCGCCGCCGUCCCCAUGCUGCACGCCGACGACGCCGACGCCAUGGUCACCAAGAAGAAGUCCAAGAUCCCGUGUCUGUCGCUCGCCUCCUUCCUGCCCGCGCUCGAGGGUACUGUCCUGUCCUGUCCCGACCCGUGACCUCCACGGCGGCCUCGCCAGCGUUCACUCUUGCACUCACUUUCUUGUCUCGAUCAGGUGUAAUGUAAACGUUUGUGUAACACGCGAGUGUUUGUGGUCUCGAGUGUUUAAUGUCCUCAUUUUACUCGACUCCAUUACCACUACUUUAGGAAAUUAAAAUCGCGAGAGUAACGCGUUAAAACCGUGAAAGUUUCAAUCAGUGUUUCGCGUUAGGAAACUUAAUAUAGCGGUCGCUUUUAAUAACAUUUUUUGCCUCAAGUUAAUCGGUCGAUGUACGUGUCUGGAAAGUGCUGGUGUUGAUGUUGUUUUGUUGUUCGUCUGUGCUUGCGUCACGGCCGCGGCCGGGUGUAUGCGGUGACCGCAGCGGUCACGAUGCCCGGGGGAGGCGGCGCGCCUCCCGGCACGCCCUCAGCCAAGCUUAAAGAAAAACAAAAAAAAGUUGUGGUUGCCCUAUACCCGUUCAAGGCAAUCGAAAGCGGGGACCUCUCCUUAGAAAAGGGAGCGGAGUACGAAGUGAUCGAUGACUCGCAAGAACAUUGGUGGAAAGUGAAAGACGAGAAUGGGGCCGUUGGAUUCAUCCCUAGCAAUUACGUGAAAGAAAAAGAAACAUUAGGACUACAGAAAUACGAGUGGUACGUGGGCGAGAUGUCGCGGCAGCGCGCCGAGUCGCUGCUGAAGCAGGAGGACAAGGAGGGCUGCUUCGUCGUGCGCAACUCCUCCACCAAGGGCAUGUACACGCUGUCGCUCUACACCAAAGUAAACCACGCGCAAACGAAGCACUACCACAUAAAGCAGAACAGCCGCGGCGACUUCUACCUCUCGGACAAGCACUGCUGCGCGUCCAUCCCCGAGCUCAUCAACUACCACAAGCACAACAGCGGCGGGCUCUGCUCCCGGCUCAAGGCCACGCCCUGCGACCGGCCCGCGCCGCCCACCGCCGGGCUCAGCCACGACAAGUGGGAGAUCGACCCCUCGGAGCUGGUGCUGCUGGAGGAGCUGGGCGCCGGGCAGUUCGGCGUGGUGCGGCGCGGCAAGUGGCGCGGCCGCAUCGACACCGCCGUCAAGAUGAUGAAGGAGGGCACCAUGUCCGAGGACGACUUCAUCGAGGAGGCCAAGGUCAUGACUAAACUGCAGCAUCAGAACCUGGUGCAGCUGUACGGCGUGUGCUCGAAGCGGCGGCCCAUCUACAUCGUGACCGAGUACAUGCGCCACGGCUCCCUGUUCAACUACCUGCGCCGCACCGCGCCCGACCUGCUGCCCGCCGCCGUGCUGCUGGACAUGUGCAUACAGGUACCAGUGCCCGACACCUGCUCCACCACCUGCUGCCGCCGCCGUGCUGCUGGACAUGUGCAUACAGGUACCAGUGCCCGACACCUGCUCCACCACCUGCUGCCGCCGCCGUGCUGCUGGACAUGUGCAUACAGGUACCAGUGCCCGACACCUGCUCCACCACCUGCUGCCGCCGCCGUGCUGCUGGACAUGUGCAUACAGGUACCAGUGCCCGACACCUGCUCCACCACCUGCUGCCGCCGCCGUGCUGCUGGACAUGUGCAUACAGGUACCAGUGCCCGACACCUGCUCCACCACCUGCUGCCGCCGCCGUGCUGCUGGACAUGUGCAUACAGGUACCAGUGCCCGACACCUGCUCCACCACCUGCUGCCGCCGCCGUGCUGCUGGACAUGUGCAUACAGGUACCAGUGCCCGACACCUGCUCCACCACCUGCUGCCGCCGCCGUGCUGCUGGACAUGUGCAUACAGGUACCAGUGCCCGACACCUGCUCCACCACCUGCUGCCGCCGCCGUGCUGCUGGACAUGUGCAUACAGGUACCAGUGCCCGACACCUGCUCCACCACCUGCUGCCGCCGCCGUGCUGCUGGACAUGUGCAUACAGGUACCAGUGCCCGACACCUGCUCCACCACCUGCUGCCGCCGCCGUGCUGCUGGACAUGUGCAUACAGGUACCAGUGCCCGACACCUGCUCCACCACCUGCUGCCGCCGCCGUGCUGCUGGACAUGUGCAUACAGGUACCAGUGCCCGACACCUGCUCCACCACCUGCUGCCGCCGCCGUGCUGCUGGACAUGUGCAUACAGGUACCAGUGCCCGACACCUGCUCCACCACCUGCUGCCGCCGCCGUGCUGCUGGACAUGUGCAUACAGGUACCAGUGCCCGACACCUGCUCCACCACCUGCUGCCGCCGCCGUGCUGCUGGACAUGUGCAUACAGGUACCAGUGCCCGACACCUGCUCCACCACCUGCUGCCGCCGCCGUGCUGCUGGACAUGUGCAUACAGGUACCAGUGCCCGACACCUGCUCCACCACCUGCUGCCGCCGCCGUGCUGCUGGACAUGUGCAUACAGGUACCAGUGCCCGACACCUGCUCCACCACCUGCUGCCGCCGCCGUGCUGCUGGACAUGUGCAUACAGGUACCAGUGCCCGACACCUGCUCCACCACCUGCUGCCGCCGCCGUGCUGCUGGACAUGUGCAUACAGGUACCAGUGCCCGACACCUGCUCCACCACCUGCUGCCGCCGCCGUGCUGCUGGACAUGUGCAUACAGGUACCAGUGCCCGACACCUGCUCCACCACCUGCUGCCGCCGCCGUGCUGCUGGACAUGUGCAUACAGGUACCAGUGCCCGACACCUGCUCCACCACCUGCUGCCGCCGCCGUGCUGCUGGACAUGUGCAUACAGGUACCAGUGCCCGACACCUGCUCCACCACCUGCUGCCGCCGCCGUGCUGCUGGACAUGUGCAUACAGGUACCAGUGCCCGACACCUGCUCCACCACCUGCUGCCGCCGCCGUGCUGCUGGACAUGUGCAUACAGGUACCAGUGCCCGACACCUGCUCCACCACCUGCUGCCGCCGCCGUGCUGCUGGACAUGUGCAUACAGGUGUGCAAAGGCAUGGCGUACCUGGAGAGGCACAACUACAUCCACCGGGACCUGGCCGCGAGGAACUGCCUCGUGGGAGACGAGAACGUCGUCAAGGUGGCGGACUUCGGGCUGGCGCGGUACGUGCUGGACGACCAGUACACGAGCUCGGGCGGCACCAAGUUCCCCAUCAAGUGGGCGCCGCCCGAGGUGCUCAACUACACGCGCUUCUCCUCCAAAUCAGACGUGUGGGCUUUCGGCGUUCUGAUGUGGGAGGUGUUCACGUGCGGCCAGGUGCCGUACGGGCGCAUGAAGAACACGCAGGUGGUGGAGAUGGUGCAGCGGGGACACCUGCUGGAGAAGCCCGACGGCUGCUCGCCCGUCAUCUACAACGUGAUGCGGGCGUGCUGGCGGGGCGUGCCGGACGAGCGGCCGUCGUUCCGUGCGCUGAACGCGGAGCUGGCCGGCGUGGCGCAGGCCGUGCUGGCCGACUGACUGCGCCUGCUGCGAGCGCUGCUGCGCCCGCCCGGCGCCGCCCCCUCGCCCUCGCCCUCGCCCUCGCCGGCCGC